GAUAAUGGUGAUGAUCCUAAAAUGAACAGAGUGAAUGGGCCAGGCGAACCGGCACAGCCUGCCACCGAGCUCUUUGAUCUCCAAGAUAUGCAGCCAUACGACCCUACUCAGGAGAUCAUCUUUCCCCCGGAACUGAAGAUUCGCAGUGACCUGCAUCGGGAGUACCUGGAGUUCCGCGGUCCUAGCGUCGUCUUCUAUCGGCCGGUCACCCUCACCCAGCUGCUUCACUUGAAAGACCUGCAUCCCACCGCCAGGCUCAUAACUGGCAACACUGAAGUUGGAGUGGAGGUGACGUACAAGAAUCAGCAGUACCCGGUACUGAUCAACCCGACCAAUGUUGCCGAGCUCACUAGCAUUCAUGUGACCACGGACGGGGUGGUGGUCGGGGCGUCCGUCACUCUCACGGUUCUCGAAGAGGUGCUGAAAACACAGGUCUCCUCGCGGCCCGGUAUGUGCUUGUCCUUACCUCUGUACACGCAGUUCACUAUACUAACUGAAUACAGAGUUUCAUUAAUAAUGUUGUUGUUGUUGUUGUUGCUGUUUUUGUUGCUAUAACCCAUAUUCCUUAUGAAACAUUUAUGCUGAGAUUUGUUGAGUAG